UUCUCUUUUUCUUUCUAUACCGAGGAGAGCGAACACAAGAACCCUCAGAUCUGAUUUUUUUUUUUUCUGCCCCGUCGUUCUGGUGUUUGGUUCUUAGUGUUUGUGUGUUUUAAAGGCGAGAAGACGAGGGAACAAAACCCUUUGGAUCCAUCCAUCACCGUGGGUGGUUUUAGUUUUUUUUCUUCCCUUUCCUCGUUUUUUUUAAAUUAAAAAAAAAAGCAACCAGUCUUCACAAUGAACAAACUGUAUAUCGGAAACCUCAGCGAGAAUGCCGCCCCCACGGACCUAGAAAGUAUCUUCAAGGACGCCAAGAUCCCGGUGUCGGGACCCUUCCUGGUGAAGACGGGCUACGCGUUCGUGGACUGCCCGGACGACAGCUGGGCCCUCAAGGCCAUCGAGGCGAUUUCAGGUAAAAUGGAAUUGCACGGGAAAGCCAUAGAAGUUGAGCAUUCGGUCCCCAAAAGGCAAAGGAUUCGGAAACUUCAGAUCCGAAAUAUCCCGCCUCACUUACAGUGGGAGGUGCUGGAUAGUUUACUCGUCCAGUAUGGAGCGGUGGAGAGCUGUGAGCAAGUGAACACUGACUCAGAAACUGCCGUUGUAAAUGUCACCUAUUCCAGCAAGGACCAAGCUAGACAAGCCUUAGACAAACUCAAUGGAUUCCAGUUAGAGAACUUCACCUUAAAAGUUGCCUACAUCCCCGAUGAAAUGGCCACCCAGCAGAAUGCCUCACAGCAGCUCCGAGGGCGCCGUGGGCUUGGGCAGAGGGGCUCAUCCCGACAGGGCUCUCCAGGAUCAGUAUCCAAGCAGAAACCCUGUGACUUGCCUCUGCGCCUGCUCGUUCCCACUCAGUUUGUUGGAGCCAUUAUAGGAAAAGAAGGAGCCACCAUCCGGAAUAUCACCAAACAGACGCAGUCUAAAAUCGAUGUCCACCGUAAAGAGAAUGCAGGGGCUGCUGAGAAGUCCAUUACUAUCCUCUCCACCCCUGAAGGCACCUCUGCGGCUUGUAAGUCUAUUCUGGAGAUUAUGCAUAAGGAAGCGCAAGAUAUAAAAUUCACAGAAGAAAUCCCCUUGAAGAUAUUAGCACAUAAUAACUUUGUAGGUCGUCUUAUUGGCAAAGAAGGAAGAAACCUUAAAAAAAUUGAGCAAGACACAGACACUAAAAUCACAAUAUCUCCAUUGCAGGAAUUGACGCUGUAUAACCCAGAGCGUACCAUCACUGUGAAAGGCAGUGUCGAAACCUGCGCUAAAGCUGAGGAAGAGAUCAUGAAGAAAAUCAGGGAGUCUUAUGAAAAUGACAUUGCUUCUAUGAACCUUCAAGCACAUUUAAUUCCUGGAUUGAAUCUGAAUGCCUUGGGUCUGUUCCCACCCACUUCAGGGAUGCCACCCCCCACCUCAGGGCCCCCUUCAGCCAUGACUCCUCCCUACCCACAGUUUGAGCAAUCGGAAACGGAGACUGUGCACCUGUUUAUUCCAGCCCUAUCAGUCGGCGCCAUAAUCGGCAAGCAGGGCCAGCACAUCAAACAGCUUUCUCGAUUUGCAGGAGCUUCAAUUAAGAUUGCUCCAGCUGAAGCACCAGAUGCUAAAGUGAGAAUGGUGAUUAUCACUGGACCACCAGAGGCUCAGUUCAAGGCUCAGGGAAGAAUUUAUGGGAAAAUAAAAGAGGAAAACUUUGUUAGUCCUAAAGAAGAGGUGAAACUUGAAGCUCAUAUCAGAGUGCCAUCCUUUGCUGCUGGGAGAGUUAUUGGAAAAGGAGGCAAAACGGUGAAUGAACUCCAGAAUUUGUCAAGUGCUGAAGUUGUUGUCCCUCGUGACCAGACACCUGAUGAAAAUGACCAAGUUGUUGUCAAAAUAACUGGCCACUUCUAUGCUUGCCAGGUUGCUCAGAGAAAAAUUCAGGAAAUUCUGACUCAGGUAAAGCAGCACCAACAGCAGAAGGCUCUACAAAGUGGACCACCUCAAUCAAGGAGGAAGUAAAGGCUCAGGAAACAGCCAACCACAGAGGCAGAUGCCAAACCAAAGACAGAUUGCUUAACCAACAGACGGGCGCUGACCCCAUCCAGAACCACAUGCACAAGUUUUUUCCUAACCAGUUGUUUCUGAGGACCAGGCGACUUUUGAACUCCUGUCUCUGUGAGAAUGUAUACUUUUAUGCUCUCUGAAAUGUAUGACACCCAGCUUUAAAAAAGAAAAAAUAAGGGGGAGGGAGAGAAAGAGCUCUGCAUUUCCCUUUGUGAUCUCACAUAUAACAGAUAUUCUAAUUCUUCUUGAUAUCCCCUAUAUGGUGCCAGAAAUUGGCUUAAAUGGUGUAGCCACUAAAUUCAUCAAAUGAAUAAAUUAAAAGUAGAUUGCUCCUAAAUCCAAUUGUCAAAAUUGGAUCCAAAUACAAUUAUCACAGGAACUUAGUUAAGUCAUUAGCGUAGAAAAACCAUUUUAUUUUUAUCUAACACUAACACAAAUAACAAGGGAAGUGCUAAACGGUGUUGGCAGGGGUAUUAAAUGUGCAUUUUUACUCAACUACCUCAGGUACAGUAAUACAGUGAAAAGCAAAUUGUUCCUUUUUUGAAAAUUUUAUAUACUUUAGGUCCAACCACUUUUUUUAAAAAAAAUUAAAAUUCAGUAACCUAUCAGCUAACAGGCAAAUAAUUGAGAAAUUUUGCUUCUGGCUGGUGACAGUAAAGUAGGAAAAUUAAUUUUGGGCUUUUGGAGGCUAUGAGUGGAAAAUCCAACAAGUAUUCAAAGAUACGGAGCAGUCAGUGCCUAUAUUUAGGGAGCAGCCAUACCAUGUAUUUCUUGUUUAUAGUUGGGAAGUUUUUGAUACUAAUGGCAAAGUGCUGGCAGGAGGCUUUGGAACAGCUAGUUUAAAUGGCUUCAGGAGACUUCAGGAUUUUUGUUUAGCUGUGUGAUUGAAUGCAUAAAUAUGCUUUGUGCUUUUGACUAUCACUAUAUGCAUUGAUGAAGUUCAGGAUUUAUACAGGAAAAGCGCGGGCUUGGGCUUGUCUUACAGGAUGUUUAACUUGCCAAUAUACUUCAGACCCAAUGACCUACACAAAUUCCAGAAGAAUUGCUUUGUGAAGAGAUAGUAACAGUGUUUGAAGGCACUGUCACGUAUUUUGAAGAUUCUUAAGCAGUGAAUUUUUUUAACUUCAUCUAAACUAUUACGUAGAGUAUAGCAGGACUUCUGUAUACCCUGCAAACAGUUAUUUGAAAAUAAGUCAAAAGGUAGAAAAUGCAAGGAAACAGUUUUGUGAAUAUAAUUUGAAUGACUGUGAAAACAUCUGACUUGUUGUUAGUGAAUUCUUUGCCCAGUAUGUACAAAUUUGUGGGUGGUCUCCAGGGCCAUGCUGCUCUCUGAAUUGUUUUUCUGUUGCUUUUGUUCACAAGAUGAUCACAGUCAUCACAUUAUACUGAUCUGAAGGGUAUUGUAAAACCCUUUAAAAGUCAUUUUUCCUCAUUCGUAUUUCAAGAUUAAUUUCUACAUACUCUAGGUAAAUUUUCUGAGGAUCAGCAUGUAAUUUAGACAUAUGAAAAUGAUUUGAAAUGUCUUCCUAAAUACUUUCUAAAAACCAGUUUAUUUUGUAGUUUUAGCCAAAAAGUGCCCUUUUCAUCAUUGAAUUCACCUAGCAUUCUUUUUUUCCCCAUACAAUGAAUUUAAAUUGCUAAAAUAAAAUCAUGGACUUACUUGCUUUUUGGUUGGAUUUCAAGUGAGAUGUGUUUAAGGCCAGAGCUCUUCUUCAAUAUUUGAUUUUUUCCCCCCAGUAUUUGAUGUUUUAAAAAUACUGACAGGUGCUAUAUUUAUAGCUGCUGGUUUAAAUUCUGCCAUAUUUCACUUCUAGCCUUUCUCUGGCAAAUCAUGUUUUACUUUCACUUAAGCACCGGGAAUUUGGAGUAUCUGGUAUUAAGA